AUGUCCACCUGGGGAUGGCAUAACUUCAGCUUACCAACUACAGCAGGGCAAACCUCGCCCGAUGACUUCACGGGGCUUGACUGGUGGACUCAUGGGAGACUGGUCAACUACGACAUGCCCAACAAUGCUGAAAAUGACAUCUCAAACUGGUUGAUCAAGAAUCCCCAGCGACUCAAUCUGGCAAGGACUGGAGUUUCCUUUGGAGAUGUCAACGUCACCGAGGCCGAUCUGCAACACAAGAGUCAAGAACUAGACCUGUGGUCGGGAAUAAUCAACUCAUCCUUCGUCUAUAACAAUACAUCUGUUAGUGUUGAGACGGUCGCGGAUCCAGUCACCGAUACCGUCGGAAUCAGUGUGGAAUCCAAACUUUUUCAAGACAGCCUGGGAAUAUUCUUCGAUUUCCCGUACUCGGAUCUCAACAAGUUCGACGCUCCAUUCGUCGGUGUUUGGAAUGCGACGUCAAAACAUUCCACCAAAUUGACCAAAAUCAACUCCUACUCCGCUGAAAUCAAGCACACAUUGGAUGAGAAUAGCUAUUAUGUGACAAUCAACUGGGAGACCCCUGGUGCUAUCUCUGGCCCAACCGAUGGGACGCAUCGCUAUCACUUCCAGUCAACCAGUAGCCGCGUGCGCAUGACUGUCAGCUUCUCUCUCGAGCCCAGCAAACAGAGCAAAGAUCUCAAAUUCUCAGACUUGAAGCGGCAAUCCGAGUCUUGGUGGCAAUCCUACUGGUGCAAAGGAGCAUUUGUUGAUCUGUCGGCUGCCGCCACUGUUAAUAGCAGUGCCGCGGAGCUGCAACGACGUACAAUCCUCUCACAAUACCUCGUUGCCGUCAAUGAAGCAUCAUCAAAUCCGCCUCAGGAGUCGGGUCUAGUCAACAAUGGCUGGUAUGGAAAGUUCCAUCUCGAGAUGACUUUGUGGCACCUGGCACAGUUCGCCCGCUGGAAUCACUUUGACCUGUUGGAGCGCAGCGUCCCUUCAAUUUACGAGCGUCUCCUUCCUUCAAGCAUUGUUCGUGCUAAAGACCAGGGGUAUAGUGGAGCACGAUGGGGGAAGAUGACAGAUCCCACUGGCCGAUCAGCACCUGGUGAGAUCAAUGCCCUCCUAAUAUGGCAACAGCCGCACCCAAUGUAUUUUGCCGAGCUUGAGCAUCGAGCCUUCCCAGGAAAAGCGACCUUGGCUAAAUGGGAUGCCAUUCUCACUGCUUCUGCGGACUUCAUGGCUUCCUUCGCGUGGUGGAAUACGUCAACUGCUGUCUAUGACCUGGGACCGCCCAUGUACCCCGUCUCCGAAAACACUUCCCCUAACGUAACGGUCAACCCGACCUUCGAGCUGGCAUACUGGCGCUUUGGGCUGGAUAUUGCUGUGCGCUGGAAGGAACGACAGGGUCAGUCGGCUCCAAAGCUGUGGAUUCAGGUUCUCGAGAAUCUGGCUCCGCUUCCUAUUGUUGAGGACGCCUAUGCCGUAUACGAAGGCAUCCCGAACAUGUGGACCAGCAACGACACGACAAACGACCACCCAGCUAUGACUGGCAUCUACGGUCUUUUGCCGCCACCAUUAACCGGCUCGCCAAUCAAUUUGACGAUCGCACGGAAUACAGCCGAUAAGGUCAAGGAGCUUUGGGCGCUGGAGGAUUCAUAUGGCUGGGAUUUCUCGAUGUUAGCACUGAAUUCGUUACGUCUGGGUGAUGUUGAGCAGGCAGUCGCAUAUCUGCUCGAUCCGCGAUUCCAAUUUGAUGACGCUGGGUAUCCCGAGGGAGGACGUCGGGUUCCGACUCCGUACAUGCCAGAUGCUGCUUCUCUACUGCUCACAAUGGCCAUGAUGGCUGGGGGCUGGGAUGGAGCGGCAGGGGCCCACUUUCCCAAAGACUGGCCUGUGGAGGUGGACGGGUUUAGCCCUGCAAUGUGA